GCAUUUUGCCAUCAAGAAAGGUUGUAUUGAUAAUUUCGCUCCAACUUUAUUAAAAGAAAUUGAAGAUGGCACAGGAUGCAGAACAGUACAUUAAAGAUAUACAGCGUGAAUAUGUUGACUUUUUGGAUGAUGAGGUUGACCAGGGUAUCUACGCAGGUCACGUAAAGGAUAUGAUUGCCGAGAAAAGUCAACGACUGGUAGUAAAUAUAAAUGAUUUGAAGCGCAAGAACCCACAACGGGCUAUGGGGCUGCUAAGUAACGCAUCCGAUGAACAGCUGGCAUUUGGGCGCGCUCUCAAGGAAUACGCCUCUACGGUCGAUCCCAGUUAUGCGAAGCAGCAUGAAGAUUUCUUUGUUGGAUUUGAGGGUUGCUUUGGCAACCGACAUGUGACACCUCGCUCCCUGACUUCAAUUUUCCUUGGAAAUUUAGUAUGCGUGGAGGGAAUCGUAACAAAGGUGUCACUAAUUCAUCCGAAAGUGGUGCGCAGCGUACACUUUUGUCCCAUAACGCGCAAAACAUUGGAACGUAAGUACACGGAUCUCACAUCAUUCGAGGCUGUGCCAUCGAGCGCUGUCUAUCCGACAAAGGACGAGGACGGCAAUCUGCUGGAAACAGAGUUUGGUUUGUCUGUCUAUAAGGAUCAUCAGACACUCACCAUACAGGAGAUGCCCGAGAAAGCACCAGCUGGUCAACUGCCGCGUUCCGUAGACAUAGUGUGUGAUGAUGAUCUUGUUGAUCGCUGCAAACCCGGCGACCGUGUGCAAAUCGUAGGCAACUAUCGUUGCCUGCCCGCUAAAAACGGCGGCUACACAUCAGGCACUUUUCGCACCGUGCUGCUGGCCAAUAACAUCUCGUUGCUCAGCAAGGACACCAACCUGGACAUAACACGUGAGGAUAUUAUGCUGUGCAAGAAACUGGCCAAGAACAAUGAUAUCUUUGAGCUGCUGAGCAAGAGCCUGGCACCAUCCAUCCAUGGACACUCAUACGUCAAACAGGCAAUCCUGUGUUUACUACUAGGUGGUGUAGAAAAGUUACUCCCAAAUGGCACCCGCCUACGUGGCGAUAUAAAUGUGCUGCUUAUUGGAGAUCCCAGUGUGGCGAAGUCACAACUCUUGCGCUACGUACUAAACACGGCCCCUCGUGCCAUUCCUACCACGGGUCGCGGUUCUAGUGGUGUUGGUCUAACAGCUGCUGUCACCACGGACCAGGAGACGGGUGAGCGCCGUUUAGAGGCGGGUGCAAUGGUGCUUGCGGAUCGCGGGGUCGUCUGCAUCGAUGAGUUUGAUAAGAUGAGCGAUAUUGAUCGCACGGCAAUACACGAGGUCAUGGAGCAAGGGCGUGUAACGAUUUCGAAAGCCGGGAUUCAUGCGUCACUUAAUGCACGAUGUUCGGUCCUGGCUGCUGCAAAUCCUGUGUAUGGAAGAUACGACCAAUAUAAAACGCCCAUGGAGAACAUUGGACUGCAAGACUCCUUACUUUCGCGUUUCGAUUUGCUUUUCGUCAUGCUGGAUGUCAUUGAUGCCGACGUCGACCAAAUGAUUUCGGAUCAUGUGGUUCGUAUGCAUCGCUACAGAAACCCCAAAGAGGCUGACGGGGAACCGCUCUCAAUGGGCAGCUCAUACGCAGACUCGCUAUCUUUUGUGUCAAGCUCUGAGGAUAAAAAAGAUACCGAAGUUUAUGAAAAAUACGAUGCGCUAUUACACGGCAAGUCGCGCAAACGCCACGAAAAGAUCCUUUCCGUCGAGUUUAUGCGAAAGUACAUACACAUUGCCAAAUGUAUGAAACCAAAACUCAGCGAGCAAGCAUGCGAGGCCAUUGCGAACGAGUACUCUCGCCUGCGCUCUCAAGAGGCCGUUGACACGGAUGUGGCGCGCACGCAGCCUAUCACUGCGCGUACUUUGGAGACGUUGAUUCGUUUGGCGACAGCGCAUGCACGUGCUCGGAUCUCCAAAACAGUCACAAUUGACGAUGCACAUUCUGCCAUUGAGUUGGUUCAGUUUGCUUAUUUUAAAAAGGUGUUGGAAAAGGAACGCAGCGGAAAGCGGCGUCGCGAUGGCGCCUCCUCCGAUGAAGAUGAUAGUGCAACUGUUGCAAGUCAGCAAUCGCCCUCACGCCGCAGCAAAAGGACACGCACCGAUGCCACUGAUGCUAUGCAUGACAGCGAUGAGGACAUCGAGACACCGCAGCCUGACGCUGGAGACCUAACGCGUCGAGAGACACGUCGAUCGUUGCCAGUUGAUGCUUCCGGAUCGGUUUUUACUCAGACUAAUGGCGAAUCUUCUGAAGGCACAGUCUUACCCAGUUCGGCCAACAUAACUGAAGAACGACUGGGUGUUUUUAAGAACGGACUGCAACGUCUAUUCCGAGAGGCUCGAGAACAAAGUUUACCCCUCGCUCGUAUUACAGUCGCCAUCAAUGAAAAAACUACUGAACCUUUCUCUAGUGGCGAAAUCCAGGCGGCCGUACAUCGCAUGACCGAGGAUAACCAAAUAAUGGUUGCAGACGAAAUAGUUUUUCUUAUUUGAGCGUUCAAUUUUCCAUUGUUCAUUAAUUAUUUUCUCAUGUUUACAUUCUGAAUUUGUCAAAUAAAAACAAUUUGUUCAUCUCUAUGAAA